AUGGGGGUCAUUGGAGGACUCGAUUUUCACAUCUCCUCCUGCAUGGAGGACAUCUUGAAGCGUUACAAGAUUCCACAGUUUUCUUAUGGCUCAUUUGAAACGGGAGCGAGCUCCAAUGCCUUUCCCCCUGCAUUUUACUGCAUGGUCCCCAACGAAGCCCUUCAGUAUGCAGGAAUCGUCCAGUUGCUUCUGCAUUUCAGGUGGAAAUGGGUUGGGCUCAUGACUAUGGACGAUGACGCCGGAGAAUAUUUCUUCCAAACUCUGGAGGCCAUGCUUUCCCAGAAAGGAGUCUGUUUGGCCUUCAGAGAAAUAGUGCCCAAAAAUAUGCGCUUAAACCGCAUAGCUGAUGUUCUUGAGGACAUGAUGAGUCACAUUCCCAUUGUGAUGGAGAGCAAAGUGAACGCAUUUGUUGUGUAUGGAGAGACUGCCGUCAUUACGUGGCUGGCGACCAUUAUAUGGGUAACCACACUGGUGAUUCCUAUGACAGACCUCAGCUAUAAGGGAAAGGUCUCUGCAGGAAAGGUGUGGAUUACAACGGCCCAGAUCGAUUUCAUGUUCAAUCUCUUUCAGAAAGACUGGGACAUCCAAAUGUUUCACGGUUCGAUGUCUUUUUCACCCCACUCAAAUGAGCCUCCUGGUUUCCAAAAUUUUCUUCAGUCUGUAGGACGUACUUGGCCAAAAGGAAAUGGUUUUUUCAAAGAUUUCUGGGAGCAAGCGUUUGACUGCUCACUAGUUCCAACCUCUUCGGAGCCACCAGAGGGCAACAAAAGAUGUACCAGGGAAGAAAAGUUGGAAAGUCUUCCUGGUCCUUUCUUUGAAAUGAGCAUGACCAGCCACAGCUAUAGCAUCUACACUGCUGUCUAUGCGGUGACACAUGCACUGCAGGCCCUAUGUUCAUCUCACACCAACCGUAGAGCACGGGAGGAAGAACACAGACUGGAAUGUGUGAACAUAGAACCUUGGCAGCUCCACUCAUUUCUCCAGAGGAUCUCAUUCAACACCACCUCAGGAGAUGAAAUUGCCUUUAAUGAUCACCGAGAAAUAGAAGGUGGAUUUCAUGUCAGAAACUUGGUCACCUUCCCAAAUAACUCCUAUUUUAAAGUCCAGGUGGGAAGACUGGAUCCUCGGGCUCCUCCAGGCCGAGAGCUGAUCCUGGAGGACAGCAAAAUUGAGUGGCACAAAAAUUUGACACAGGUGCCUCCCACCUCUGUGUGCAACGACCCCUGCCCGCCAGGUUACAACAAGAAAAAAAAGGAGGAUGCAAAAUUUUGUUGCUACAAUUGUGUUCCCUGUCCGGAAGAGAUGAUCUCAGAUGAGAACGACAUGGAUGACUGUGUCAGUUGCCCAGAAGAUCGCUAUCCAAAUAAUGACCAAGAUCAAUGUCUUCCCAAGACCACAAAUUUCCUGUCCUUUGAAGAACCUUUGGGCAUUGUUUUAUCUCUCUUGGCUCUUUCCUUUUCUCUGAUCGCAGCUCUAGUGUUCGGAAUCUUCAUCAAGCACCGGGACACUCCCAUUGUCAAAGCCAACAACCGGAGCCUCACCUAUGUUCUCCUUCUCUCUCUCCUUCUUUGCUUCCUCUGUCCCUUACUCUUCAUUGGACGGCCUAACAGUUUGACCUGCCUUCUCCGACAAACAGCUUUUGGUAUUAUCUUCUCAGUGGCGGUAUCUUCUGUCUUGGCCAAAACUGUCACAGUGGUGGUGGCUUUCAUGGCCUCCAAGCCAGGAACUAAUUUCCGAAAGUGGAGGGGGAAAAGGUUUGCAUUUCCUGUUGUCACUUCCCUCUCUCUUGUUCAAGCGGGUAUCUGUGCUGUUUGGCUGGCAAUUUCCCCUCCAUUUCCUGAUCUGGACAUGCAUUUGGUGAGCAGAGAAAUCACAGUGAAAUGCAAUGAAGGGUCAGUGAGCAUGUUUUACUGCGUCCUGGGCUAUCUGGGUUUCCUGGCCACCAUUAGCUUUGCUGUGGCUUUCCUAGCUAGGAAAUUACCUGACAGUUUUAAUGAGGCCAAGUUCAUCAGCUUCAGCAUGUUGGUUUUUUGCAGCGUUUGGCUGUCCUUCAUUCCAACUUACCUGAGCACAAGAGGAAAAGAGAUGGUGGCCGUGGAGAUCUUCUCCAUCUUGGCUUCUGGGGCUGGACUACUGGGUUGCAUCUUUUCUCCCAAAUGCUUCAUCAUUGUGUUGAGGCCUCAUCUGAACAAAAAAGAACAGCUCAUGAGGAGAAAAUAUUGA